CCUUUUCUUCACCACUUCUUUGUUUGACUCUCUCUCUCCCUCUCUUUCUCUCUCUCAGAUCUGCCGCGCGAUCGGAUUUCUCUUCUUCGGAGGUCGAUUUUCUCUUUGAUUUUUAACGGGAUCUUGAUUAGUUGCAGAAGUGCAAAUUUUCAUAGAGAUAAAGAAGAACAGUAUGCGGUGGCUGAUUCUUAGUCUGUCUGUUGAUGUGUUCCGGAAAGUCAUCUCCUUGAACUUGUAUUGCAGAGUUAUCCUGUAACUCCCCUCGAUAGCUUGAUCUCAACCGUUGGUUCUUUUCCUCGUUUCUUUUAAGUCCAUGGCAUCGACGCUCUUCGUCCUCAUCCCUUGCUACUUCCGUAGAAUUAGCUAGAAAAACCUCAAAAAUCCCUCCUUUUAAUCCUCUGCUCUAACUCGAUCUCCGGUCCUUAAAUAGAAUUCUUCGACAGCGCUCUGUCUUUCCUUUCUGUUUCGCACUUUACUUUUCCAGCCCUGCCUUGAAUCGAAUCCCUGUUGUUUGAAAUACAUUUGAAUUGCCUGCUCUCAAUUGCUAUCUGUCUCUCCCUUUCUGGUCUGUAGUUUCUUAUUUCUUCGUGCGAUUUAGGGGUGUUUAUUUAAGGUCAUCGAACGGAGUAAUGGUGUGCCAAGCAGCGAGCCAAACGAGAUUCCGGGCGUUGAAACAUGAGAAUGGAAUUGCAGGGAGCGCGACCAUCAUCGUGAGAGUAAUAGCAUGCUUUCAACCUUUGCAGGAUUGCCAGGCUGAGUAUUUCCGACAUCUGCUGAAACCUGUUACGUAGGUUGGCUUGUGUUUUUGGUUGUUUGAAUUUUAAGCUGGAAAUUUCAUAUUGGAAAGAAGAAGAGUGUUGUCGAGGUUGCGUGUUGCUGAGACCAUCUUCUGGUUAUUGCUUCAGGCUUCUCGGAUUGUUUCGAUGGGGAAAGACUGCGGGUCUUGGCUUUAUGGGCAGAAGCUUUCUCCAUGGCAAUCACCCAAUUUGAACUGUGGGAGUGGUCCGCCGGAUUCUGGGCCACAAAAUAUCAUUCAUCCAAUGCCAUUCCCUGCGUAUGCAAACCCAUAUGCCAGGAUGGACUCUUCAACCAGAAUCAUUCCUGGGCUCGUGGGUUCUGAUGUUCCUGAGCUGAAAUCAGCGGGCGGAAAUGAGCUACAAGCAUGGCAUUGCUGUUAUACCCGCCAGACAUCCAGUCGGAUUCCCCAAUCUACGCUUGAGGAAAAGUUCUCUGCUUCUCGAUGCAGUGAGACUGCACCCAAUCAGAAGAAAUUUGUUGUCUUCGAUCACUCGGGAAACAGAACGAGCUUAAUUUUUAGUUCUGUCGGGUAUCCCUUACAAAACCCAUUUGCUGCAGAUCUGGUGCCACACCGCUUCGAUAAUUUUCCCACAGAAUCACCAGUGAACAAAGAUACUAUUAUCCCCGGCUCUGUGAAAGAUUCAUUCUGGGGUGGGUUCAAUGAGCAUUGCCCGAAUGAUGUUUCCGGAGGGCAAGGCAGCGAGAUGCACGAGAACACGGAAGAAAUCGAUGCACUGCUAUACUCGGAUGAAGACGAUGAAGAAACUAGCACCGGCCAUUCCCCAAGCAAGAUGACUGGAUACGUGGGGAAAGAAGGAGCCAAGGAGGACAGUGCGGGAGUGGCUAGUUGUUCCCUCACGCCAAUCAAACGCAGGAGACUUGAAGGAGUGUGUGAUAGGUCACUCGAGGAUACUGCGAGUUCAGGCAAAACAUGGCAACAUGAGGAGGAUGCUGAGUCGAGCUGCAUAAAGGGCAUGAUUCAGGGAGGAAGAGAUGGGCCAUCAGCUAGCAAGAGGUUGAGGAGGGAGAGAAUACGUGAGGCGGUGGGCGUGCUUAGAAGCAUAAUUCCGGGUGGGAAGGGAAAGGACGCCACUGCAGUUCUGGACGAAGCUAUCCGGUACCUGAGGUCCUUGAGGCUGAAGGCCAAAGCUCUGUAAGGAGCUGUUCUAUCUUGUCACUGGAAGGAGCCCUGCUGACGGGGCUGUGCAUUUGGAUUUGACAGUGUACGGGCACAUGAGUGCGAGAUCCAGGGCAAUAAUCUGGUGGUCCAUAGUCCCUGUCAUGAGCUCUGCCGAAAAUUUGAGGUGAUCAUCUAAUCCAAUCAGUUGGGGCCAAAACAAUGGUUGGUUAGAAAAACUAUGAUUAGUUAGCAUGGCCCAUCCAAGACCGUGGGGCCCGUGUGAUGGGAGGACUUGGAUAUUGCACGAAUGUGUCAGCUAAGUGCACCUGUUCCGGCGUGCACAUCCCCUUCUGGGUUCAUCGUAUCUUAGGAAAUACAGUAGGCAGCAGCAGCAGCAAUAGUAAGGAGAUAUAAAGGGUGUUGUGUAUAAUGCCUUCCUUGAGGCGGGGUGCGCAUGAUAAGGUAGGGUAGGCUUCAAUGAUUAAAGCGGGAAAUCACUGGUAUUUGGUGCUUUUGUUUUUGGAGGGGGUUGGUUGUGUGUUUUAAGGCGGAUGGUGGUGGAUGAUAGCAUGAUGCCCUAAUUAAGGGGGAUAAAAGGGUUAAAAGAUGGUGGGUUUGGUAUAUUGGUGUUGACUGUGGAAUUAUUGAGAAGGGUGGGGUGGAUUUUAGACGUGGGCCAUGCAUGCGUGUGGGUGGAUGUGAAAUGAGGAGAGAGAGAGAGGCUAUCUGGGCCCCACAAGGUGGGGGAGGAGGAGGAAGUGCGCAUGCGCGUUAGGUGGUCUGGGACGGCUUGAAGAACGGAGGACUAUUUUAGCUUUGGUUUCUACGCCCUCGUUUGUUCUUUUUUUAAAAUUGAGUUCUCUGUUUUUAUUAUUGUCCGGAUAUGGUAUGAUGAUUCCCUGUUUGGAUGGGUCGAUGCUCUUGGCUUGGGGUCUUUUGUUUUCACGUGUGAUCUGUGAAUAAAAGAUAGGAAGCAGAAGCAGGCUGUGGUCCCACCCUCGGGUCAACUCGUGUGAGUUUAACUCGCUUGAGACCCUAUUUAUAUGUGGUCGGUUAUAUGAUUGUAUGGCUGCUGCUCGUACGUGUGUAAGGUUGUAUUUUUCUCUCGUUUGUGUAGGUGGUUUGAUGUUGUAUGUGAGUACACGUUUAAAAUGGUUUGAUGUACACGUCCUUUCGUUUUUAUUGAUAGAUGUCACGUGCGUACUUUUGUGUUA